AACCUAACCUAACGUAAUCUAAUUUUAUUCUUGAAAUCGUUACCUUUUACACUUGAAGUAGGAAUAAACAAUAACUGAACAAUGUAAUAACCUAAGAUUUUUAUUAUUUGUUAUAAUUUUCCAGAAGUCCAGAAGUUCCAGAAGAUAAUUGCGGCAAACAACUUCUUUAGAGAUCAUUUUUACAUUCGGCGAACAUGCCUGCUCCAUGCGAGGAUAUUAUCGAGGACAUCGAGGAUUUAAUCGCGUCGCAGGACAUAACGCCUAAGGAGAGGUAUAGCUCGCGGAAACAUAUCACGAUACGGCCGAAGCGACAGAAGCAGCUGCAGGAAGAAGUGUCGCCGCAGCCGUCUAUCCUGUCUAGUGUAAUACCCGGCACGCAGACGAUCUACGUGAAGACGUGGGGAUGCACGCACAACAGUUCGGACACCGAAUACAUGGCCGGUCAAUUGGCGACGUACGGGUACAAUUUGACCGAGGAUAAACUGAAGGCAGAUUUGUGGCUUUUGAAUUCUUGCACUGUCAAGAGUCCCGCGGAAGAUCAAUUCAGGAAUGAAAUCGAGCAUGGGAAGAAGAUCGGCAAGCAUGUCGUAGUCGCUGGAUGUGUGCCGCAAGGUGCUCCAAAAUCUUCUUUCCUUCAAGGACUGAGUGUGAUUGGAGUGCAGCAAAUUGAUCGAGUGGUAGAAGUCGUGGAAGAAACCUUGAAAGGAAAUACAGUUAGGUUCUUACGGCAGAAGAAGGAUUCUGGUAAGAAGACAGGCGGUGCUUCGCUGAGUCUUCCAAAGGUGCGCCGGAAUCCGCUCAUCGAGAUUAUAGCCAUUAACACGGGCUGCUUGAAUCAGUGCACUUACUGCAAGACGAAGCAUGCGCGAGGUGAGCUGGGUAGUUAUCCACCGGAGCAGAUAGUCGAGCGGGCCAAGCAGGCUUUCGAGGAGGGUGUGUGCGAGCUGUGGCUCACAUCCGAGGAUACAGGCGCUUACGGCAGAGACAUUGGUACCAGCCUGCCGGAACUGCUGUGGCAAUUGGUGGACGUGAUCCCCGACGGUUGCAUGAUGCGCGUCGGUAUGACCAAUCCACCGUACAUCCUGGAGCAUUUGGACGAAAUGGCCAAGAUCCUGCAGCAUCCCAAAGUCUAUAGCUUUCUACAUAUUCCAGUGCAGUCCGGCAGUGACCAGGUGCUCGUUGACAUGAAGCGAGAAUACACGCGCGCCGAAUUCGAGCACGUGGUGAACUUUCUGAGUAAGCGAGUGCCCGGUCUGACUAUCGCCACGGAUAUCAUAUGCGGAUUUCCUACGGAAACGGAAGCGGAUUUCGAGGAGACGAUGACGCUCUGUCAGAAGUACAAGUUUCCAAGUCUCUUCAUCAAUCAGUUCUUUUCCCGACCCGGCACGCCUGCCGCCAGGAUGCCGAAGGUACCCGCGCAGAAAGUAAAGACGAGAACCAAAAGGCUGUCGGAAUUCUUCCAGUCGUACGAGCCAUACGGACCCAAAGUGGGACUGAUGCAGAAGGUGCUAGUGACGGAGGUAUCGCACGAUAAGCAGCAUUACGUUGGCCAUAACAAAUUCUACGAACAGGUGUUAAUUCCCAUGAAGCAGGAGUACAUGGGAAAAAUGGUCGACGUAAAGAUUACAGAAACGACGAAGUUCUCUAUGAAAGGAGAACCGGUCGGUAAAGGUGUGUCUCCGGCACUAAGAUCUCCUGUACAACGAGUAGUAUACGAAAUUUUCAGAGUACUAUACGCAAAAUAUGGAAUAGUGACGAUUAUGAUCUUCUUAGCUAUGAUAUUCAGAGAAUUAUGGAAAUUUCUGACUUAGAUAAAUAAUUUAUACAACAUUCUGCAAACUGAUUAUGUAAACACACUGCUAUAAAUUAUAAUUUUAUAUCUGCAA